AUGUCUGAAAGUACUUCUAAAAACGAAAAGGCUGUUACUAUAACUCAAGAAGGCGAAGUACAUGAUAAGUUGUCUUUAGACAACAAAAAAAUUCCUCCUCCUGUUACUAGUAACGUUUCGAUCGACUCUAAAAAGGCUUUUCCUACUUCUGGUCGAUUUAUUCAAAUUAUUGAUAUUUCUAAAGCUUUGAAUAAUCAAAAUAAUGUUCAGAAUGUUGAAUUAUCUCCAAAAGUUACACAUUUACUGGAUGCAACAAUCGAAGAUCCUUUUACUCUAGAGACUUUUGAAACACUUAUACAACAGCAUGCUGAAAAAGAUAAAGAUUUUAUUUUGGCUAGAGUAACCACUGCUGAUCCAUCGGAUAAUUCAAAGAUAUAUAAUUCUUAUUAUUCAGGUCAUCAAAUUAAUAAAGUAUUGUUUAGAACUCAACCUGAACAAGGGUUAUUACAUAGGAUGAAAGCGAAAAAUCCUUUAAAUAAUAUGAAUAUCAUUGGUGAUGUAUAUUAUUAUGUCGUUAAAGCUGAAACUGUUAAACCAAUUCAAUCUUCAAUCCCUCCUUUCGGUGUACAAAACAAAACCUCUCUCCUCAAAAAUGGUGGUUUAAUGACUGAAAUACAUGCUACUUCUGCUCUUGAUACGAACGAAGGAGAUUAUUUAAUUAAUAUUGAUCCUGAUAAAAUAAUAUACAGAGAUGAUGGUUUAAAUUCUUCUCCUCCUUCAAUAUGGCAAGGUGAUCGUGCUGUUAAUGAUUCAAAAGAUUCUAUUAUCAUUAAAACUGAGGAACGUCGACGGUCUGCAAAUGAUUUGAUAAAACUUCCUCCAAAACUUUUUCAUCCUGAUAAUUUUCAUUUCAAAAAACAUUCUUCUAAUAAUAGUUUAUCAUCUAGUCAAAAUACUGUUCCAAUUAUGCAACCUCAAUUUCCUAUUACUACUUCAUCUCAUCUCAAUGAUGUAACCACUGUUUCUUCUUCUACCUUUGAAAUUUUCAAAAUACCAAAUUCGACCUAUAAAUUUGAGCACACAAAAUAUAAUGUACCAUAUAAUUUUUACAAUCAAAAUCUUGAUUCAAUAUCUCCUUCUAAUUCAAUUAAUCUUAAUGAGAAAGGAAAUCUUAAUCAAGUUUAUUAUUAUCAAGCUAUUUUUUAUGCAAUUGAUGAUGAUUUCUUGAUGAAAUCUUCGGUUCGACAAUAUUUCAAACUUAAUGCUUUAGAUCCAUCUGAUACUCAAUUAUUUAUUAUCAACACUUCUCAAAAUGCUCAUGCAACAGGUGCCCUAAAUUCUACUCCUCCUAGUACACAAUUAGAACGAAUAAUUGCAAAUAAUGGAACUUUUAUUGAUGAUAGUACUACAAAUAGUAGAAAUGGUUCACAUACUGGUGGUUCAAGAUGGGCAAGACAAUUACGGAGUAUUCGUUCAAAUAAGGGUUUAAAAUGGUUGGUGUUAAUGUAUAUGGUAUUUGGUUUUUUAUUAAUAAGGUUCGUGGUCAGUGAGGCGUAUGCAUAUCUUAUGGCUUUCUUGUUAAUGUUAUGUUUGUUCCUCGUCUUUUGCGUUGGGAGUGGGAUUGGUAUCUGGGGAAGAUAA